AUGGCAAGUUUCAAGUUGUGGGUUUGCCUCAUCUUGCUUCUACUCGAGUUUUCUGUGCAUCAAUGCCGACCACUGGUUGCGGAAGAGAGGUCUUCAGAUUCGGGGAACAUAAGAAAGAUUAUGAGAGAACUUCUCAAGAGAUCAGAAGAGUUGAAGGUGAGAUCUAAAGGCGAUGAGACGGUCCUAGGCAAGACCCUUGAUUCAAAGCGACUCAGCCCCGGUGGACCAGACCCUAGGCACCACUAA